AUGGAUGAUUUGAAUGAUUUGAUUUGGAGCAGUUCAACUGGUAAACCUACUGCUAUACGCUCACAAGGCAACGCGUCUUUAAACAUUUUAAGAAGCACUAAUAAUGGCUCAACUUCAUCUGGACUUCGAGCGUCAACUCUAAACUCAACUUCCGCAACUGACUCGAUUGAUAGUAACGUGCAAAACCUUUUUCAAGUACAAGCUCUAAAUGCCAAUUCACCUGUAUUUAAGAGAUUCAAUAAUAAUAAUAAUGUGACUUCAGGGGAAUCAAUUUCCUCUUCAAGCCCGCCUCUUGCAUCGUUUACUCCUUUGCAACCAACUAGAACUCCUCCUAGUUCAAGCAAUCAAAGAUCUGCUCAGACACCACCACCAGCAGUAGUUAGGUUAAUAGGGAUAACGAAAAAGACUGAAAGUCAAAAGCAUGGUGAUGCUUUAUUUGGAGAUAUAUUAGGCUCUAGCAAUAAAAAUGAGAUCCCGAAGAAUCAUUCAUUGAACCAAUUGAGAUCACAGUCUUCGACGUCUCAAAGCUCUCCAUCCACGACAGAACAACAUUGGGAUUUUGAUUUUUUAUCUGGGAAAACGACUCGAUCAUCACCGUCCUCAUCUAAACCCAUUGAUAAUUUGUUGGAUUUGGACAUUGACGAAAAUAUACCAAAUUCCAUGGAGUUUUCUACAGUCAAUGUAAUUGAGAACGACGAAGCCCACCCACUUGGGAUUUUGGCCGAACCUAUUCAUCGAAAAGAUUCUGAUAGUUCACCACCUCCUCCCACUAAGCCUCCAAGAUCCUCGAAAAAAAUAAUUACGAAUCAAUCUCAAGAAAGUUUAAUUAGUUCAACAGGGUCUCAUUCGUUAAGUCCCAAUAAUAAGGAUUCUUCAAAAGACCAUUUAAUUGCACAAAUUGUGGAUAUGGGAUUUACAGCUAAUCAAGCAGAAACAGCGCUGGCUGCAACAGAUAGCGGGCUGGAUUUAGAGGCUGCUAUUGAAAUAUUAAUUCAUCAAAAGGAAGCGGAGGAACAAGUGUUUGAUAAUCGUAAACAUACAAAACGAUCCUCUAUUAAUCGACGUCGAGCCAAUACAGCAGAUUAUCGAUUGCCUGAAGAUGGAGAUAGUAGCGAAGGCGGAUAUAUUACAAAUAAGUAUAAUUUGCCGAAAAAUAAGAAUCUCCAAGUUCCAAAAUCUCGAACAUACGGUAAAAGUAGCUCUGAUGGUGAAGGAAGUAGCGAUCGUUCGACCUCAUCUGUUUCUUCUUUUGCCGGCCAGAGUUUUCAUCAGCAAAAGGAAAAACUCAUAUCUUCCGCGAGUGAAUUAGGAUUAAAUGCUUUUAAAAAAGCAAGCGCAAUAUAUAAACAAUCAAAGGAAAAAGUUAAAGAGGCUUUGGAGGAUUUCCAACAAACACCGCCAACUUCUGAUGGGAGACCGAAAUGGUUACAGAACACUGAUCUAAUUGAGUCUGAUGACGAUGAUAGUGAUAAAAAUGAGAAUCCCAGAUCUUUUUCGAACUUUGAAAAAUUUCAAGAUGUUUAUGAAGAUUCUAGCAGCGAGGAAGAUCUACAAAAACCGCCUUUAAUUCCUAAUACUAGACCUGAAAUUUCAUUAUCUAAAUUAACUGAGAAUGAUGAUUCAUAUGAAAAAAAUCACCAAAUUAAUGUUUUAUCCAAAAAAUUUUCAAAACCUGAUCCCCCAUCACGUUCCACAAAACCAAUUACAACAAAUUUACACUAUCCAACUUAUGUUUCAUCUGCUCGUCAUCAACCUUCUGCUGCUCAAAAAUCUAACACGUUGAAUAUUAAUACAUCAGACGAAAUUUAUAUGUCGCCUGCACGACGACGUCCUCCUCCGACCCCUGCAAAGCCGCCCUCUGUUCGAAUUCAUUCUUCAUCGCCUGCACCACCGCCAUCAAAGUCUCCAAGACCAGUAAUAUAUGCAACACCGGAAAGUAUACGUGCUUCUGAAACUCAUCGGGCAAAAGGCAAUGAAUUAUUUAAACUUGGACAAUUUGGAGAAGCGGAAAAAUAUUAUUCAUUAGCUAUUGAUUCUCUCCCGCCUAAACAUCUAAAUCUUGUGCUUUUAUAUAAUAAUCGAGCCGCUGCAAAACUUAAAAAUGGAGAUCAACGUGGAUGUGCACAGGAUUCUUCGUUAGCACUCAUUCUAAUUGAUGAUUUCAAUUUACCACCUCCAUCAGGUGUUGACAUUAACUUGAAAGAACAAUAUUUAAAAGCAUUGUAUAGACGAGCUUCUGCUUAUGAAGGAAUGGAAAAAUACAACGACGCAAAGGACGAUUACGAAAAGUUAAUUAUUUCAUUUCCUGUAGAUAAUUCAAAGAACUUUAAUGAUGGUCUUCGAAGAUGUCAAAAAGCUCUCAACAUGCUAUCAAAAGGAGAUAUCAAUAAAAAUUUCGAAAAAACUUCUUUAAAUUCACAAAAUUUGUUGAAUAGUAAUAAUCAUGGUUUAAGAGUAGAGUCUUCAUUUACACAAUCAUUUUCACCAAGCACUUUUGGGGUUCCCAUAAAUUCUUUUGGAUUUGUUGACCCGAGUGCCGCCCAUUCCACUACAACCUUUUCCUCGUCUUAUUCCACAAAUUCAGAAAUUAAUAAUAGUCCUGCAGUUGCAAAGCUACGUAGUCAGGCUCGACAACAAGAAAUUGAAGAGAUGGAAAAACUAAGCUUAAAGGAUCAAGUUGAUCAAAAAAUAUUACUAUGGAAGAGUGGCAAAGAAACAAAUUUGCGUGCAUUGAUUAGUAGUUUGGAUAUGGUGCUUUGGGAUGGUCUGGGAUGGCAAAAAAUUGGAUUACAUGAAUUAGUGACGCCAUCACAAGUAAAGGUGCGCUACAUUAAGGCUAUUGGGAAAGUGCAUCCAGAUAAACUUAAUUCAUCAACCAACAUUGAACAACGACUUAUCGCAAAUGGUGUAUUUUCUGCUCUUAAUGAAGCUUGGGAUGCUUUUAAAACUCAAAAUAAUUUGUGA